AGACCAGUAUGUUUAGAGAUAUCAAAAUAAAUGCGCAUUAUCAUGUGAAAGAAUGAGAUUUUGGUAGUUAAAGUCCGAGAGACGUCAGAUAUAGUGUGUGACCUGUAGGGAAAACCGACGGAAAUUGAUCUCAGAAUAAAGAAGACUUUACCAGAGCCAACGAUAACGUUUGUAGAUUACGCAGAAACGUCUUCGGAGAAGUUACUGCGUGAGUCUACUACUAUAUCCUGAUAUCUUCCAGACUUCGGCAAGGAGAGAUGGAACGAAUUUUUGCUGACCGUGGUUUUACAUAUUUUAUGGUCAUCCUCGGUGCGCUUAUACGCUUGUGUGCCUUGUCUGGCAAUAUAUAUUUAAUUGCAAUUAUCGCCAGGCUAAACCCGCCAAAAAGUCGUAUAGACGUGAUAAUUUUAAUCUAUGCAAUUAUCAGUUGUUUGUACAUGAUUUUGUGUUCAGCAGAUUUGUAUUGGCUUACGAUUGAAGCGCUGUUUGAUCUGGAAAGAUUCACCGAAAUCUUAAUUAACUUUACUUUGACGUUUUUGGCCCUUAGUUGGUAUGUCCCAAACUAUCAUUCAGAACUGUACAACAAAUUUCCCAUUACAUUCAAAUACGGGGUGGGAGUAUUUUUCCUGCUAGUUUCACUUGGAAUAGCAGUGCUUUUCUUAGUGUUUCACGACAUAUUGCUACUGUAUCCCCAAGUAUAUUUUAUCGCCGAUCUUACAUGUUUAACAGUUUGCUGCCUGAUAUUAUUAAGUUUGGCUAUCCUGAAACGAUUCAAAAAGCCUCUGCCAGCUGCUCAUAAAACCGAAUAUGCCUUCUCCAUUCCGCAGGUUUUACUUGUAAUGUCUGCCACGUCCACUCUAAUAUACACAUUGUUACAUUUAAAAGUAUUUGUCCAGUAUUAUCGAAUUUACAUUACUUUGUCAGAGGUUUCCGGCUAUUUGUUCGUAUGUCAACCGAUAGUUUUAAUGUUCAUUUUAGGAAGGUCAAGCAAACGUUUUAGAAUGGCGCAGCUGAAAUGUUGCAAGAAAAACAUGCGAAACUACGGCGAUGAUGAUAUGGAAUCGAAUUCUGGUAGCGAAACCGCGGAAAGUAACGUCACAUUCCAUAGAAGUUCAGAUAAUGUUCGCUUAUAACUUUAGGGUGCUAUAGUUUAGACAAAUUUUAGAACAGAACGUCUGUUUAUAGUUGAAGUACUAGUAAACGUAUUUGCAAUAAUCCCAAUUUACACUUUGGACAAUGGGUGGAUCCAUAUUAAUUCCAUUAGUUUCAAUUUGCAUCGUCUAAAUACUUAAUGCUCUGUUUGCUGUAGCUGCGAUUACAAAUUUAUCGGCGGCGGAAUGUAAAUUCAAUUUUAAACACACUGAAAUCUAACUGCGCUCGCUUUGCAUUAAAUAAAUCAAAACCGCAAAUAAUCAAACAAAAUACCAUAAGCUGGUUGACUAAAAUUAAAAUUUUAAGAGAAAUGAUAGCAACAAGUCGUGAACAACAAUCACUCUGCAGCAGAUCAGUACGUCCAGAGAUAUCGAAAUAAAUGCGCAUUAUGAUGUGAAAAAACGAGAUUUUGCUAGUUCCAGUCCGAAACACGUCAGAUUUAGUGUAUGACCUGUAAGAAAAAUCGGCGAAAUUGAUCUCAAAAUAAAAAAAAAUAAUUUGCCAGAGCGGACGAUAACGGUAAGAAUAUUACUAUGCUAGUUUCCCGCUUGCUUGUAAUACAUUGGUAUCUUUUAUGGACUCUUAUACAGCAUUUAUCUCAGCUUUAUGAAGGAUGCAACUAUUAAUUAUCUUGCAACAAAUGGCUCAGUGAAAAAUUGGCGAGUUUUUCUGACUUUUAAGCCAUCGUGGAAAGUAACGAUCUACAACGUUUCACAAGCAGUGGCUUGCAUCCUCACAGACUUUAACUCGAAAGCUUACACAGAACUCAAAGCUUUCGAGCGAAAGAUGUUAGAAAACAAGAAACAAGACAGCAAUAAAAACUCAUCAGUUUCAAGCCGAAUUCAAUUGAUUCUUUGUUUGUGUUUAAUUUCCUUAAAAAACUUAUGCUAAACUUAUGCGAACAUUUCUAUAACGAUUAAUUAAUUCAUUUGGAAAUCUUUACAUACAUAAACUGAUCAGUUGAAUUUAAUUAUACUUUGUAGAUUACACACAAUGUCUUCGGAGAAGUUAUUGCUUGAAUCUACCACUAUGUCCUGGUAUCCUCCAGACAUAGACGAGGAAGAGACGGAACUAAUUCUUUCUUUAAGUAAUUUUAUACAUUUCUUUAUGAUUGCCAGUUGGUUUGUAAGAUUGUUUUCCUUGUCUGGCAAUAUAUAUUUAAUUGUAGUUAUCGCCCGACUAAAACCGCCGAAAACUCAUAUAAAUGUGAUAAUUUUACUCUAUGUAACUUUUAGCUGUAUGUAUUUGAUUUUCAAUUUAGUAGCUUUAUAUUCGGAUACAAUUUUCUUUGUGCGGACCUUCGGUCUGGAAAGAUUCACCGAAAUCUUAAUGAACUUUACUUUGAUUUUUUUGGCCCUUAGUUGGUAUGUCCCAAACUACUAUUCAGAACUGUACAGCAAAUUUCCCUUUACAUUCAAAUAUGGGGUGGGAUUAUUUUUCCUGCUAGUUUCACUUGGAAUAGCAGUGUUUUCCAUAGUAUUUCAUGACAUAUUAAACCUAAUAGAUUCCUGUGUAUAUGUAAUUGCCGACGUUACAUGUUUAACGGUUUGCUGCCUGAUGUUAUUAAGUUUUACUAUCCUCAGACUAUUGAAAAAGCCUCUGCCAGCUGCUCAUAAAACCGCAUAUGCUUUCUCAAUUCCGCAGGUUUUACUUGCAAUGUCUGCCGCGUCCACUCUAAUAUGCACAUUGUUAACUUUUGAAAAAUUUGACCACUAUUAUAGAAUUUACUUGACUUUGGAUACGAUUUCCGUCUAUUUGUACAUAUGUGAACCGAUAGUUUUACUGUUUAUGUUAGGACGAUCAAGCAAGGAUUUUAGAAUGGCGCAGCUGAAAUGUUGCAGGAAAAACAUGCGAAACUACGACAAUAAUGAUUUGGAAUCAAAUUCCGGUAGCGAAACCGCGGAAAAUAACGUCACAUUCCAUAGAAGUUCAGAUAAUAUUCGAUUAUAACUGUAAGGGUGUUUACAGUUAUACACAUUUUAGAAUAGGUAUAAGGACAGCUGAAGUAAUUUUGAUUGUAAAUUGGCAAGGUUUCCUUUCCAAUUAGUUGUUAUGUGAUUGAAAUAAUCCAAAUUUUGGGUUUGGACAAUGGGUGGAUCCACAUUUAUUAAACUAGUUUUAAUUCCCAUCGCCUAAAUAAUAUUUAUCUUCCGUUUGUUGUGGCUUUGAUUACAAAUUAACCGGCGGCAGAAUGUACAAUCAUUCUUUACCACACUGAAAUAUAACUGCGCUCGCUUGGAUUGAUUAAAUCAAAAGCACAAACAAUCAAACAAAACACCAUAAGCUGGUUGACUACAAUUUUAAGAGAAAUGAUAGCAACAAUUCGUAAACAACAGUCACUCUGCAGCAGACCAGUGUGUCCAGAGAUAUCGAAAUAAAUGCGCAUUAUCAUGUGAAAAAUUAGAUUUUGGUAGUUAAAGUCCGAGAGACGUCAGAUUUAGUGUGUGACCUGUAGGGAAAACCAACGGAAAUUGAUCGCAGAAUAAAGAGGACUUUACCAGAGCCGAGAACGAUAACGAUUACGCAAAAAUGUCUUCGGAGAAGUUACUGCUUGAAUCUACCAAUAUGUCUUGGUAUCCUCCAGACUUAGACGAGGAAGACCUGGAACGGAUUUUUUCUCUACGUGAUUUUAUAUAUUUUCUUGUGAUUGUCAGUGCGCUGAUACGAUUGUGUGCCUUGUCUGGCAGUAUAUAUUUAAUUGUAAUUAUCGCGAGGCUGAAACCGCCGAAAACUCGUAUCAAUGUAAUAAUUUUACUCUAUGCAAUUUUUAGCGGUAUAUGUUUGAUUUUGGGCUUAGCUGCAUAUAUUCCAUUUAGGAUUGUCCUUGAAGUGACUCUUGGUCUGGAGGUAUGCACGGAAAUCCUAAUGAACUUUACUCUGACUUUUUUGGCCCUUAGUUGGUAUGUCCCAAACUACCAUCCAGAACUGUACAACAAAUUUCUCAUUACAUUCAAAUACGGGGUGGGAGUCUUUUUCUUGAUAGUUACACUGGGAAUAGCAGUGGUUUUCAAAGUAUUUUACGACAUUUCAAACCUACUAGAAUUCCGUGUAUGUUUAAUCGCCGAUGUUGCAACUAUAACGGUUUGCUGUCUGAUAGUAAUAAGCUUCACUAUACUGAAACGAUUCAAAAAGCCUCUAUCAGAUGCCCGUAAAACCGCAUAUGCCUUCUCAAUUUCGCAAGUUUUACUUGCAAUGUCUGCCGCAUCCACUCUAAUACGCAUAUUCAUAACUUUAGCAGAAGAUGCCCACUAUUAUAAAAUGUACCUGAUUUUUGCGGGGUUUUCCGUCUAUUUGUACAUAUGUGAACCGAUAGUUUUACUGGUCAUGUUAGGCCGCUCAAGCAAGGAUUUUAGAAUGGCGGAGCUGAAAUGUUGCAGGAAAAACAUGCGAAACUACGGCGAUGAUGAUUUGGAGUCGAAUUCUGGUAGCGAACCCGCGGAAAAUAACGUUACGUUCCAUAGAAGUUCGGAGAAUAUUCGCUUAUAAUAAUUAUAUUUUUUGUUUAUAGUUACGAUAAAUUUUAAAAUAUAAGUUAAAUAGUAUAUUUAUAGUCUAAGCACUUUCGACUGUGAACAGACAGGGACAUUUUAGAUAAAUUAAAAGUAGCUAUAACUGGAUGACCAAAAAAUUAAUAAAAACUUUCAAAUCAUUUUUCGGUGGGUCUGGAAAUACAAGAGGAUAAAUUGGG